UUUUCAAACUAAUUUUGCAUUCUAAUUAAGAAACGUAUGUACACAUAUGUAUGUAAGUUAGUGGUCGUAAAUUAUGUUGUCAUUUACUAUGGAAAACUAAACUACAAUCUUAAAUUUUCCAGCAGAUGUUGCAAAAGUGCUAAUUAACACCGUCUGACGCGAUUUUAGGAGUAACAAAGUACCUAAUUGCAAACUAUCGAAUAGUGUUAACAAUAACCCAAUGCUCAUGUGCAAAAAAAGGAGGGGCGACACUAUAAUUAAGAGCACAUUAUUCUAAACUAGUCCGGGUAUCUCGUUAAGAUAUCUGCAAUAAUUUUCUUUUGCAAAAUGCAAAUGAAAAGACUAUUGUAAAUUUUUAAAGGUGUGCAAGUGGAGAAUGGCAGUUCCUCAAAGUGUAUAGAAGUUUCAAAAAUGAUGGCACAUUCGAAGGUGGAUGAAAAUGAAAGGAACACAGAAAAAAAAGACGAAAAUGAAAGUCCACCUGAAAUUGUUGUUGAUGGAGAAAUGGUAUUAGAGCCCAAGUUCGUUGACUAUGGUAGUAUCCAUCCAACAGCAGAUGUGCCUCAGCUUCAACAGCAUAACUCUUCACAUGCCUUAUUGAGCCCACGCUCAGUCCUAUCUCUACCUCCUCUCGACGACGAGGAACCGCCAAAUACCUCCAAAGGAACGAAUAUGACGCAAGGAGAUUUAUAUCAAAGACAGCCUUUAUUGCCUAAUCCGGGAAAGUCCGACAAAUGGGGCCACGACGCACACAAUUCCUCCGGCCAGGAGUACUACGAGGACGAAGACGAUAUCAUUCAAAAAACAAACGAGAGUAAUGGUGUUAUCAAAAUCAACAUGCCACCUCCUAUACGGGAGGAACCGAGGUUCCCACAGGAACGAUGGAAAACCCUGUUAGCUGCGAUAAUUAUGGCCUUUAACUUUGUAUUGACACUCGUGUCUUUGUCACUCGUACAUGAACGGGUACCGGAUCGAAAAGUUUAUGGUCCCCUUCCUGAUGUGUUACUCGACAACGUACCUGCUUACGACUGGGCUUUAGAUGUAUCAGAGUACAUUAUCAUAGUUUGUGUAAAUUCGUGUAUCAUCUCUAUCUUUUUUCACAAGCAUAGGUUUAUAGUAUUUAGGAGGAUGUUUUUAAUAAUGUCUCUACUGUACAUGUACCGAUCCAUCACCAUGUACGUCACAGUGCUACCAAUCGCUAGUAAAACGUAUUUUUGUUCACCAAAAUCAAACGAAACUUCUCCUUUAACAAUCGCCAAGCGAGUUCUUAGCCUCAUGUCCGGAUUCGGUUUAUCCGUCAACGGUAAACAUGUUUAUUGCGGGGAUUUUAUCUAUAGCGGCCAUACAGUCAUUUUAGUACUUAGUUACCUCUUCAUCGCGGAAUACACUCCGAAAAAAUUGUAUCCUUUGCAUUGGUUUUAUUGGGUUUUGGGAAUCGUGGGGGUUGUGAUGCUUCAACUGUCACAUGGACACUACACUGUAGACGUCAUCAUAGCUUAUUUCAUUACAACUAGGAUUUUUUGGACUUAUCACACACUAGCCAACAAUGCUAGUCUUAAACAACAUUCGCCGAAUAAUUUGUUGGGCCGCGAGUGGUGGUACUGUUUCUUUCUGUAUUUCGAAGGGAACGUUGGAGGCCCCAUUCCAAGACAGUUCGAUUGGCCUCUGCCGUGGCCCCGGAGGUUUCAUUCGAAAAGUCGGGAUAGUUAGUGCAGUGUGUGUUUGAAAAAAAAAUGGUUAAAGACUUUAUCAAAUUUUAUUAUAUGUGAUAAAAAUAAUGUGUAGCGCCUUAAACUGACUUGCUCUUUAUACAUAUUUAUCUAUACUGUUAGAUUUUUCUGAUAUUUUUAUUACAUUGUAUUUCAGUGAAACAGUACAUAAACAUUUUUAUAAGGAUGGGAUUCAUGUUGUGUAUAUUUUUGAGUUUGCAUUUAUUGAAAGUACAGAUGAUUUAAUAGGGAAACUAAAAUUGUUGUAAAAAUUGUGCCAAGUGUAAAAAAUUAUGUAAUUUUCUUAUUAAAUCAUAAUUGUAAACAAAGUUCCAUUUUUAAUUUGUGAUAAUAAUAAUGAUAGAAUGCAGGUUUUUUAAAUAAAAUUGUUAGCUAGAAACCUAUUUUGUUACAAGUGUACAAUGGAAAUUACACUUAACUAUUUUCAAAGACACGCAUUUAAAUUUGAUCAGAAUCUCAUAACCAUUCAGAAACGGUACUGAAACAUUUUAUACUCACAUUUUCAGUUAAAUGAAAUAUCUGUCAAGGAAUUGGUGUUUCUUUGUGAUAGAAGUUGGAAACAACUUCACCUUAUGUAGGUUAAAGAAAUAUUAUAAGCUUUUUAGAUCUGUAAAUGUAAUACUUUAGGCAUUAAUAAAACUAAAGUGUCACUCUCUUGCCUAAAAUAAUCUGUUCAAAUUUAAGUUAUUUUAUUUUUUGUAUAUGUUGUCGCUGUUUUGAGUUUAUUAUUAAUUGAAAAUAAUAACCAAUGAAAAUUAAAUUUUUACCAUUAAUAUAGUUUUAGAUAUAAAUAAUUUUUAUCUCACAUUUGUGAUGGUUUGUAGUUGCAAAGAAUACUAUAUCAAUGUUGAUUUCAUAUUAUACAUUGUUGAAAUAAACAGAUAUUUUAUU